GUUUAUCAAUUAUGCUGGGAAAUAACGGAGUACACCCCCAGGUAAUACAUCAGUCACGAGUUUCAAGAAUAGGCCCCCACCCACAAUAUUUAAAAGCAACCAUCUACUCUUUCUUUUCAUUGUUCACGCCUUCUUUCUUCCAUCAAGUUCAACUUAAAGAAAUUUCCAUUUUGCUUCUUUGUUCGAACAAUGUCCAUCUCAAAGCCUGAAGUUGUCCUCGUUGGAGGUGGCUGGCACUAUCCAGAGUCAUAUGUCAAGUUCCGUACUGCUCUUGAAUCGCAACUAGGCCUGACGGUCCACGUCCCGCAACUCCCAACUAUGAAUGGUUCACGACCUCCGAAUGCGGAUCUUUAUUCGGAUUCCGAUGCCAUUCGUCAAAUUGUGACCGAAUUAGCAGAUGCUGGUCGCUCUCUUGUUGUUAUCAUGCAUUCAUAUGGUGGACAAGUUGGAACCAAUGCUCUGGCAGGCCUUGGAGCUGGAGUUCGCAAACAGCAGGGCUUAUCUGGUGGUGUCAUUCAAUUGAUCUAUGUCGGUGCUCACGCACUCAAGGAGGGCAAAUCAGGGAUGUCCAUAGCUGAGGAAGCUGGACGUGCACACAUUUUUCCCAAGGUCAUUGACUUUGCCGAAGACGGUACCUGUGUUCACCGAGACCCUGAGACUGUGCUUAUUGGCCCUGGUCUUCCAGAAGAAGAGCUGGAAAAGUGUGUGCUAUCUUUGGGGCGCUGGAAUGGAAAGGCUUUUACCCAGCCGUUACAACAUUGUGCCUGGCGCGAGAUUCCUGUAUCCUAUAUUUAUACUUUGAACGACAUCACCCUGCCUUUACACUACCAGAGAGCCAUGGUGGAGGAUAUCAAAGCCGCAGGGCGCGAUGUCCAGACUUUUGACCUCGACUCGGGCCACUGUCCGACAAUGACGAAACCGAAAGAAGUGGCGACCCUUGUCGGGCAAAUCGUGACCAGCUCUACUGCCUAGACCUAGGGCAUAGUGUGUGACACAGUCCGUCUACACGUGGGAAAGAUCUGAUCAUUUCACCCUUGAAGAGAACGGGUCUAAAAAGCCCUAACCAUAUGUUGCUAUAUAGAAACAAUGCUUUACCAAGUUGAUAACGGUGAUUCUAUACUUA